GGGGCGGCGGGGGCUGCCCCCUCCCCGGCUCGGCGCUGUGAGUGGGCGGAAGAUGGCGCUGGGCGGAUGGAAAUCCUAAUGACGGUCUCCAAAAUCGCCUCUAUCUGUACCAUGGGCGCCAAUGCCUCAACUUUAGAGAAAGAGAUUGGUCCGGAACAGUUUCCAGUCAAUGAGCACUAUUUUGGUUUAGUUAACUUUGGGAACACGUGCUACUGCAAUUCAGUUCUUCAGGCACUUUAUUUUUGUCGACCAUUUCGAGAAAAAGUCCUAGCAUACAAGAGUCAACCCAGAAAAAAAGAGAACCUCCUUACAUGCUUAGCUGAUCUCUUCCACAGCAUAGCUACACAGAAGAAAAAAGUUGGAGUAAUACCUCCAAAGAAGUUUAUAACAAGAUUACGAAAAGAAAAUGAGCUCUUUGACAACUACAUGCAGCAGGAUGCGCAUGAGUUCUUAAACUAUCUUUUAAACACAAUUGCUGAUAUUUUACAAGAAGAGAGAAAACAGGACAAACAAAAUGGCCGUCUACCUAAUGGCAGUAUCGACAAUGAAAACAAUAACAGCACACCAGACCCAACCUGGGUUCAUGAGAUCUUUCAGGGAACAUUAACUAAUGAAACCAGAUGUCUUACUUGUGAAACUAUAAGCAGCAAAGAUGAAGAUUUUUUAGACCUUUCUGUUGAUGUAGAGCAAAAUACAUCAAUUACUCACUGCUUAAGGGGUUUCAGCAAUACAGAAACUCUGUGCAGUGAAUACAAAUAUUACUGUGAAGAAUGUCGCAGUAAACAGGAAGCACAUAAAAGGAUGAAAGUAAAAAAACUGCCUAUGAUUCUAGCUCUCCAUCUGAAGAGAUUUAAAUACAUGGAUCAGCUACAUCGAUAUACAAAACUCUCUUAUAGAGUAGUGUUUCCUUUAGAGCUUAGACUUUUUAACACUUCGGGAGAUGCCACCAAUCCUGACCGAAUGUACGACCUUGUUGCUGUAGUAGUUCAUUGUGGGAGUGGCCCUAAUCGAGGACAUUAUAUUGCAAUAGUGAAGAGUCAUGAUUUUUGGUUGCUCUUUGAUGAUGAUAUUGUAGAGAAAAUAGAUGCACAAGCUAUUGAAGAAUUCUAUGGGUUGACAUCAGACAUUUCAAAGAACUCUGAGUCUGGUUACAUUCUCUUCUAUCAGUCUCGGGAUUGA